UUUAGAUCCGCCCUCCGGCGCAGGGCCGGGAGGCGAGGGCAGGGGAGAGCUCCGGCCGGCCGGGGGGGAGCAGCCCCGCUGGAGGGGGCAUCCCCAGAGCGGGAGGAGAUGCGGCGCUGGCUCUGCAGGAGGUCGGUGAGGGUCUGCAGCACCAAGCCCCGGAGAUGUGCCUCCAGCUCCUCUGCCAGCUGCCCACUGCCUGGGACCCCCAGCUCUGAGCCUGACAAGGGGCAGCAGCGCAUGAACCCCCUCAACAUCCAGAUGCUCUCCAGGACCCUCCAUGAGCAGAUCUUCCGGGGGGCCCAGGUACACUACUCGGCAGAGGAGAUCCAGAGGAGUGUGAAGCACCUGCAGCACCAUGACCUGUGGGGCAAGGAGACCUCCACGCUGCCCGAUGUGGACCUGCAGCUGCCCCGAAUGUAUGGGGACAACAUCGAUGAGCAUUUUCGCCUCUUGGCACAGAAGCAGAGCUUGCCUUACCUGGAGGCAGCCAACGAGCUGCUGCAAUGCGAGCUGCCCCCCAUGCCUGCCCAGUGGGCUUGGCAGCUGGGCUGGACCCGCUAUGGCCCUGAUGGGCAAGCAGAAGCUGUGGACUUCCCUGAGGAGCGGGCGGUGGUGUUGGACGUGGAGGUGUGCGUGACUGACGGCCAUUGCCCCACACUGGCUGUGGCUGUGUCACCGCAUGCCUGGUACUCGUGGUGCAGCAAGCGGCUGCUGGAGCAGCGCUACUCCUGGUCCAGUCACCUCACCCUGGCUGACCUCAUUCCCCUGGAGAGCCCAGCAGGUGCCAGCUGUGCUGGCAAACAGGACUGGCUGGAGAGAGUGGUGGUGGGGCACAACGUAGCAUUUGACCGGGCAUUCAUCAAGGAGCAGUACCUCAUCCAGGGUUCCAAGGUGCGUUUCCUGGACACCAUGAGCAUGCACAUGGCCAUCUCGGGGCUGACAGGCUUCCAGCGCAGCCUGUGGAUGGCUGCCAAGCAUGGCAAGAGGAAGGGGCUGCAGGAGGUCAAGGAGCACAUGAAGAAAACGAGAAGCAAAAUGGAGGGACCAGCUAUCACCUCGUGGGACUGGGUGCAUGUCAGCAGCAUCAACAACCUGGCUGACGUGCACGCCCUGUAUGUUGGGGGGCAGCCGCUGGAGAAGGAGGCGCGGGAGCUCUUUGUAAAGGGGACCAUGGCUGACAUCAGGAGCAACUUCCAGGACCUGAUGUCUUACUGUGCCCGUGAUGUCCAGGCCACCCAUGAGGUGUUUCAGGAGCAGCUGCCGCUCUUCAUGGAGAGGUGCCCCCACCCUGUGACAUUUGCAGGGAUGCUGGAGAUGGGAGUGUCCUACCUGCCGGUCAAUGGAAAUUGGAAGAGGUAUGUGGAUGAUGCUCAGAACAUCUAUGAGGAGCUGCAGAAGGAGAUGAAGAAGUCCCUGAUGAACCUGGCCAAUGAUGCCUGCCAGCUGCUGCAUGAGGACAGGUAUAAGGAUGACCCCUGGUUGUGGGAUCUCGAGUGGGACACACAGGAGUUUAAGCAGAAGAAGAUCCCGGUGAAAAAGAAGAAGAAGAAGAAGGAUCAGGAUGGGGAGAGCACAGCCCCUGCAGCAGCAGUGGGUGCAGAUGGGUCCACAGAGGAGUGGCAGGAAGACCCUGGUCCCCCCAGUGAGGAUGAGGAGCUGAAAGCCCCUGCGAGCCGGGUCUGUCUGGAGCGUCUGAAGGAGACGGUCGUGCUGCAACCCAAGAGACUCCAGCACCUGCCGGGCCACCCAGGUUGGUACCGCAAGCUCUGCCCACGCCUGGAGGAUGCAGGGUGGGUGCCAGGACCCAGUCUCAUCAGCCUGCAGAUGAGGGUGACCCCGAAGCUGAUGCGCCUGGCCUGGGAUGGCUUCCCCCUCCACUACUCAGAGAAGCAUGGCUGGGGCUACCUGGUGCCAGGGAGGCAGGACAAUUUGCCAGCAGUCCCCUCAGAGGCAGAAGGUCCUUCCUGCCCUCACAGGGUGAUCGAGUACCUGUACAGGCAGCACUGCCUGGAGAAAGGCAAGGAGCAGCCCCUGGAGCUGGAGGCUGCCAUGAAGGAGGAGCUGCUGGUGAUGGUUGACAGCACAAUGUGGCAGACGGUGGAAGAGCUGAAUCAGCUCGAGGUGGACAUGGAGGAGAAAACAGGCAGAGCAGAGGAGGACCUGGCACAGGAGGAGAUGGUCACAGAAUUUCCACAUCAGUUUGAUUUGUUGAAGGCUAACAGCCAGCCCUCAUUCCACCACGGGAAUGGUCCCUACAACGAUGUCAAUAUCCCCGGGUGCUGGUUCUUCAAGCUGCCUCACAAGGAUGGGAACGAUAACAACGUGGGAAGCCCUUUUGCCAAGGAUUUCCUACCCCGGAUGGAGGAUGGCACCCUGCGGGCAGCUGUGGGCCGCACCCACGGGACCAGAGCCCUUGAGAUCAAUAAAAUGAUCUCGUUUUGGAGGAACGCUCACAAGCGAAUCAGUUCCCAGAUGGUGGUGUGGCUGAAGAAGGGGGAGCUACCUCGUGUGGUGACCAGGCACCCUGACUAUAACGAGGAUGAUGAUUACGGAGCCAUCCUGCCGCAGGUGGUGACCGCAGGCACCAUCACCCGCCGGGCGGUGGAACCCACGUGGCUGACAGCCAGCAAUGCCCGGGCUGACCGGGUGGGCAGCGAGCUGAAAGCCAUGGUCCAGGUGCCACCUGGUUACUCCCUGGUGGGUGCAGACGUGGACUCUCAGGAGCUGUGGAUCGCUGCCAUCCUGGGCGAGGCACACUUUGCUGGCAUGCAUGGCUGCACGGCUUUUGGCUGGAUGACCCUGCAGGGGAAGAAGAGCAAUGCCACAGACCUGCACAGCAAGACGGCUGCCACGGUGGGCAUCAGCCGGGAGCACGCCAAGAUCUUCAACUACGGGCGCAUCUACGGGGCCGGGCAGCCCUUUGCCGAGCGGCUGCUGAUGCAGUUCAACCACAGACUGACCCAGCAGCAGGCCCGGGAGAAGGCUCAGCAGAUGUACGCUGUCACCAAGGGUGUCCGGAGGUUUCAUCUCUCCGAGGAGGGGGAGUGGCUGGUGAAGAAGUUGGAGCUGACUGUGGACAGGGCAGAGGAUGGAUCAGUGUCAGCCCAGGAUGUCUGUCAGCUCCAGAGAGAAGCCACAAAAAGGUCCCCCAGGAAAACAAAGAAGAAGUGGAACGUGGUGCAGCACAGAGUGUGGGCUGGAGGCACCGAGUCAGAGAUGUUCAACAAGCUGGAGAGCAUUGCCUUAUCCCCCUCACCACAGACCCCGGUGCUGGGCUGUCACAUCAGUAGGGCCCUGGAACCUGCUGUGGCCAAGGGGGAGUUUCUGACCAGCAGAGUGAACUGGGUGGUCCAGAGCUCAGCUGUUGACUACCUCCACCUCAUGCUGGUUGCCAUGAAGUGGCUCUUUGAGGAGUUUGACAUCAACGGCCGCUUCUGCAUCAGCAUCCACGACGAAGUGCGCUACCUGGUGCAGGAGCAGGAUCGCUACCGGGCAGCCCUGGCCCUGCAGAUCACCAACCUGCUCACACGGUGCAUGUUUGCCUACAAACUGGGCAUCCAGGAUCUGCCACAGUCAGUGGCUUUCUUCAGUGCAGUGGAUGUUGACCAGUGCUUAAGGAAAGAGGUGACCAUGAACUGUGUGACACCAUCAAAUCCAACUGGCAUGGAGAAGAAAUAUGGGAUCCCUCAAGGAGAGGCACUGGAUAUAUAUCAGCUAAUUGAAAUAACCAAAGGUUCUCUGGAGAAGAAAUGAUGAUGCUCAAGUGCCAGAAUGACAGUUGUCCAGAGAGCAUGCCGGAGCCUUGCUGUCCUUUCAAAAAGAGAUCUUUUGGCAGGACUGAUCCUGGUCACUCUGUUUCCUUUUUGCUGCAAGAAGGGGGAUGUUCCUGGGGAAGACCUUGAUAGCAGCACAUCACAAUAGCAGAGGUGCUUCCAAGGGCAGCAGCCAGCUGUAAAACUUGAGGCAGGGGCUGGAGUCACUGCCUGCAUGCCCAUGGACACAAAGGAAGAAGUCAAAGCUAUUUGGCAAGAGGAAAACCAAACCAUUUUCUCCAUACCCAGAUCUCCAAGGCGAAUCUGCCACAGAACAGGCACUGUGGGAGGAGGGAGCAGUGGCAACCCUGUGUUUAUUUUUUUCGCUGUCUCUUCUUUUUAGGUUCCUGGUUCUCAUCUGUCUGCUCUGCUGCAUUGCUCUGGAGAGGGAGAACGUAGCAGUACAGUGUGAUUGGUUUUGUGUGAUUAGUUUUGUGUUAAUGUUUACUUAAAGCAAGAAACUAGAUGUGCAGAACAGUAUUUCUAUGAUUUCUUUUUCCUCCCUAAACAAAGUGACCUUAAUGUGGGACUCCUCUCACCCACUGAGACGUUCCUUGUGGAUCCCCCCAGUUCAUACUGGAACAGACCAGGGGACUGCUUGUUCUGGGUUUUGGCUUGUUGAAACACUCAGGAAAAUAUGGGCAGAAGCACCAAUAAAAACCUGGACAAUCA